CCACCAGAUCCAAACAAAGCAAAGCUCGGCAAGACUCUACGAAUCCUCCAAGAACGCCUCCCAACGCUUCUCCAAUCUCCCCUCCCGCAAGACCUCCUCGCCCCAAACAUCUCGCUCCAGCUCUUCCCCUCGACGCAUCCCCAUCUCCCCGUCGUCUCAGGCCGAGUCGCCUACAACGCCGCUCUCUGGACCUCCCCCAUCGCCUGGAACCGCGUCCCCAUCAUCGGCAACGUCAAGCUCGAGAUCCUCGCCGAGCGCAUGACCUCAGAGCCCCUGACUUUCCUGCCCCGCCGCGCCGGCGCCAUCCAGGAGCAGCUCGUCGUUCGCUGGUGCGAGAAGCGCAGGGUCAAGGACAAGGACGACCAGCGCAAGAGCUCCGGCAUCUCGCUGCCUUCGUUGCGCCUCGCCCGCGGCGUUGACCCUAAUAAGGCCUUUACGGGGCUCUUCAUCUUCGACUUUGAUGCUGAGGGCAGGAUCCUGACGCAUACCAUUGAGCAGGCUCAAGCGGGUGGCGAUUGGGAAAAUGGCAUGGGCGCCAAGUUCGUGGGACUCACUGAUUGGCUCCUAGGAAGCUUG